AUGUGUGAGGAAGAUGAUUUGAAUGCUAAAAUUGCUAGCUUGCAUAGGAAAGUUGAUGUUAUUCAGAAACCAAAUGUAGUUAAGGUAGCUGACUCGGUAGAACAUGCUUGUGGUAUUUGCGAAAGUCUGGAACACUACACUAAGGAUUGUCCUACGAUCCCAGCAUUUCAAGAAGUGUUACAUGACCAAGAAAAUGCCAUGAAUACAUACAAAAGACCUUUUAGCUCACCUUAUUCAGAAACAUAUAAUCCUAAUUGGCGAAAUCACCCUAAUUUCAGUUGGAGAAAUGGUCCUACUAUGAAUGAUGUUAAUGUUCCUCAAGGGUCUUCAUCUAGUAAUCCUUAUGUGCCACCUCAUAAGAAGACUCUUGAGGAUACUUUACAAACUUUUAUGCAGGGAAAGACUCAAAUAAAUCAGAAUAUUUUGCAGACAUUAGAUGAGCGUAAAACUAGCACAGGACGUAUUGAAUCACGUCUCAAUAUUAGAGAGAAAGGGACAUUGCCUGCCCAAACUCAACCUGACCCGAAAGACCAGUAUGAAGCUAAUAUUGAACAAGAUAAGGUUGUUACAAAACUUAGAAAUGGUAAGGUGAUAGAGACUCCAUUGAAGGUAAACGAACUUGAGAAGUCUCCAAAACCCAAGGGCGGUGACUCUCACAGUGAUACUGGAAAUGAAAAUUCUGAUGUUGAUAAGAAAAUGCAUGCUCCAUUUCCUCAUCGUUUUUUGUCUACUAAACCACCAACUGAUAAUAAGGAUAUUUUUGAUGUUUUCCAGCAGGUGAAAUUUAACAUUCAUCUCUUGAGUGUGAUUAAGCAAAUUCCAGCUUACGCCAAGUUCAUAAAGGAUCUUUGCACCGUUAAAAGGAAGCAAAAUGUGCAAAAGAAAACAUUCCUCAUGGAACAGGUAAGUGUUAUUCUUAAACACAACACUCCUUCCAAAUAUAAAGAUCUGGGAUGCCCUACUAUUUCUUGUAUAACAGGGAAUUUCGUGAUCAAACAAGCACUUUUGGAUUUGGGAGCUAGUGUAAACCUCCUACCAUUAUUGUUGUAUGAGCAGUUGGGAUAG